GCCCUGGGCUCCGCCCCUUCCCCACCAGACCAGGGGAGCGGUUUUCCUAGGCGUGGAAAUAGCGAAAGCUCGGCGGCUAGAAUCCUCGGCAGAAAGAGGCGGGAUAGAGGGGGUGCCAGCAGCCUGGGUCUGGCCGCCUGGGUCAGCCGCGCGCCCCCGCCCCGCCCCGCCCGGCCUUGCAGCCCACGUCCCGCCACGCCGUGAAGUUUGCGGAAAGUUUUGCAGUGGCUUCCCCGCCCGCGCCAGCCGGGGAGUUGUGACGCAGCGUCUGGGGCUCCAGGCCCGGACAGAGAAGAGAGGGAAGGCGAGGCGGGGAGAGAGAGGGAAACGGAGAGCGAGGCCAAGAGCGCACGCGGGGUCGUCGUCUAUCCCGCGGAUCCUCCCCUCCCCCUUCCCCUCUCUCUCCCACUGGGCGCUCUCCAGUCUCGGCCCCAGCCCCGCGCCCGCACGCGCCUCCUCCCCUCCCCUCCCACACUGCCCGCUUCCCUUCCCCUCUGCCCCUCAAACCCUCCUCCUGGGUUCUGCGCUCCUCCCUCUGCACUCCCUCCCCCCGGCCUGCCUCCUUCCCUCCUCCUUCCCUCCUCUCCCCGGGAGGCAUCACUUCGUCCCGACCCGGAGGAAGACGCGAGCCCCUCGCGGGCGGUCCUCACAGCCCAGCGUCAGGUCUGCCAACGCGCGCCGCGCCGGUGCGCCCUCGGUCCCCGCGUCCCCGGAGCGCCGCGCCGUGGGCAUGGGGCCAGGCCGGCUGGCCCCCGCGUCCUGGCCUCGUCACCUGCUGCGCUGCCUCCUGCUCCUCGGGGGUCUGCGCCUCGGCUGCCCCGGCGCCUCUGGGGACGCCGCCGCCGCCCUCCCGGAACCCAACGUCUUCCUCAUCUUCAGCCAUGGACUGCAGGGCUGCCUGGAGGCCCAGGGUGGGCAAGUCAGAGUCUCGCCAGCCUGCAACACCACCCUUCCUGCCCAGCGCUGGAAAUGGGUCUCCCGAAACCGGCUCUUCAACCUGGGCACCAUGCAAUGCCUGGGCACAGGCUGGCCGGGCACCAACACCACAGCCUCCCUGGGCAUGUACGAAUGUGACCGGGAGGCACUGAAUCUUCGCUGGCACUGUCGCACAUUGGGUGACCAGCUGUCCCUGCUUCUGGGGGGCCGUGCCGGCAACAUAUCCAAGGCUGGCACCCUGGAGCGCGGCGACCAGACCCGCAGUGGCCAGUGGCGCAUCUAUGGCAGUGACGAGGAUCUAUGUGCUCGGCCCUACUAUGAGGUCUACACCAUCCAGGGGAACUCCCACGGGAAGCCGUGCACCAUACCCUUCAAGUAUGACAACCAGUGGUUCCAUGGCUGCACCAGCACAGGCCGCGAGGACGGGCAUCUGUGGUGCGCCACCACCCAGGACUACGGCAAGGAUGAGCGCUGGGGCUUCUGCCCCAUCAAGAGUAACGACUGUGAGACCUUCUGGGACAAGGACCAGCUGACCGACAGCUGCUACCAGUUUAACUUCCAGUCCACGCUGUCCUGGAGGGAGGCCUGGGCCAGUUGCGAGCAGCAGGGAGCGGAUCUGCUGAGCAUCACCGAGAUCCAUGAACAGACCUACAUCAAUGGGCUCCUCACUGGCUAUAGCUCCACACUGUGGAUUGGCCUUAAUGACUUGGACACCAGUGGAGGCUGGCAGUGGUCGGACAACUCGCCCCUCAAGUACCUCAACUGGGAGAGUGAUCAGCCGGACAACCCGAGCGAGGAGAAUUGUGGAGUGAUCCGCACCGAGUCCUCGGGCGGCUGGCAGAACCGCGACUGCAGCAUCGCGCUGCCCUACGUGUGCAAGAAGAAGCCCAACGCCACUGCCGAGCCCCCGCCUCCUGACGUGUGGGCCAACGUGAAGGUAGAGUGCGAGCCCAGCUGGCAGCCCUUCCAGGGCCACUGCUACCGCCUGCAGGCCGAGAAGCGCAGCUGGCAGGAGUCCAAGAAGGCGUGUCUGCGGGGUGGGGGCGACCUGCUCAGCAUCCACAGCAUGGCCGAGCUGGAGUUCAUCACCAAGCAGAUCAAGCAAGAGGUGGAGGAGCUGUGGAUUGGCCUCAACGAUUUGAAACUACAGAUGAAUUUCGAGUGGUCGGACGGAAGCCUUGUGAGCUUCACCCACUGGCACCCCUUUGAGCCCAACAACUUCCGGGACAGCCUGGAGGACUGUGUCACCAUCUGGGGGCCGGAGGGUCGCUGGAAUGACAGUCCCUGUAACCAGUCUUUGCCAUCCAUCUGCAAGAAGGCAGGCCAGCUGAGCCAGGGGGCCACCGAGGAGGACCAUGGCUGCCGGAAGGGUUGGACGUGGCACAGCCCAUCCUGCUACUGGCUGGGUGAGGACCAAGUGACCUACAGUGAGGCCCGGCGCCUGUGCACCGACCACGGCUCUCAGCUGGUCACCAUCACCAACAGGUUCGAGCAGGCCUUUGUCAGCAGCCUCAUCUACAACUGGGAUGGCGAGUACUUCUGGACCGCCCUGCAGGACCUCAACAGCACCGGCUCCUUCCGCUGGCUCAGUGGGGAUGAGGUCAUGUACACCCACUGGAACCGGGACCAGCCUGGGUACAGCCGUGGGGGCUGCGUGGCCCUGGCCACGGGCAGCGCCAUGGGGCUGUGGGAGGUGAAGAACUGCACCGCGUUCCGGGCUCGCUACAUCUGCCGGCAGAGCCUGGGCACGCCAGUGACGCCUGAACUGCCCGGGCCAGACCCCACGCCCAGCCUCACCGGCUCCUGUCCCCAGGGCUGGGCCUCAGACCCCAAACUCCGGCACUGCUAUAAGGUGUUUGGCUCGGAGCGGCUGCAGGACAAGAAGAGUUGGGUCCAGGCCCAGGGGGCCUGCCAGGAGUUGGGGGCCCAGCUCCUGAGCCUGGCCAGCUAUGAGGAGGAGCACUUUGUGGCCAACAUGCUUAACAAGAUCUUCGGUGAGUCAGAGCCUGAGAGCCACGAGCAGCACUGGUUCUGGAUCGGCCUGAACCGUCGAGACCCUGGAGGGAGGCAGAGCUGGCGGUGGAGCGACGGCCUGGGGUUCUCUUACCACAAUUUCGACCGGAGCCGGCACGACGACGACGACAUCCGGGGCUGCGCAGUGCUCGACCUGGCCUCUCUGCAGUGGGUGGCCAUGCAGUGCGAUACGCAGCUGGACUGGAUCUGCAAGAUCCCUAGAGGUGCGGACGUGCGGGAGCCCGAUGUCAGCCCGCAAGGCCGGCGGGAAUGGCUGCGUUUCCAGGAUGCGGAGUACAAGUUCUUCGAGCACCACUCCGCGUGGGCGCAGGCGCAGCGCAUCUGCACGUGGUUCCAGGCCGAGCUGGCCUCCGUACACAGCCAGGCGGAGCUGGACUUCCUGGGGCACAACCUGCAGAAGUUCUCCAGGGGGCAGGAGCAGCACUGGUGGAUCGGCCUACACACCGCAGAGAGUGACGGGCGCUUCAGGUGGACAGAUGGUUCCAUUAUAAACUUCAUCUCCUGGGCACCCGGCAAACCUCGGCCCAUCGGCAAGGAUAAGAAGUGCGUGUACAUGACGGCCAGUCGAGAGGACUGGGGAGACCAGAGGUGCCUCACAGGCUUGCCCUACAUCUGCAAGCGCAGCAACAGCACCAGAAAGAUGCAGCCCCCAGACCUGCCGCCCACGGCCCUGGGGGGCUGUCCCUCUGGCUGGAACCAGUUCCUCAACAAGUGUUUCCGAAUCCAGGGCCAGGACCCCCAGGACCGGGUGAAGUGGUCAGAGGCACAGUUCUCCUGUGAACAGCAAGAGGCCCAACUGGUCACCAUUGCAAACCCCUUAGAGCAAGCAUUCAUCACAGCCAGCCUGCCCAAUGUGACCUUUGACCUUUGGAUUGGCCUCCAUGCCUCGCAGAGGGACUUCCAGUGGGUGGAGCAGGAGCCUCUGCUGUACACCAACUGGGCACCUGGGGAGCCCUCUGGCCCUAGCCCGGCUCCCAGCGGCAACAUACCGACCAGCUGUGCGGUGGUCCUGCACAGCCCCUCAGCUCACUUCACUGGCCGCUGGGACGAUCGGAGCUGCACGGAGGAGACACAUGGCUUCAUCUGCCAGAAGGGCACAGACCCCUCCCUGAGCCCAUCCCCAGCAGCGUUGCCCCCUGCCCCGGGCACUGAGCUCUCCUACCUCAACGGCACCUUCCGGCUGCUGCAGAAGCCGCUGCGCUGGCACGACGCCCUCCUGCUGUGUGAGAGCCGCAAUGCCAGCCUGGCCCACGUGCCUGACCCCUACACCCAGGCCUUCCUCACGCAGGCCGCCCGAGGGCUGCGCACGCCACUCUGGAUCGGGCUGGCCAGUGAGGAGGGCUCCCGGCGGUACUCCUGGGUCUCAGAGGAGCCACUGAGCUACAUGAGCUGGCAGGACGGGGAGCCUCAGCAGGCAGGGGGCUGUGCCUACGUGGAUGUGGAUGGGACCUGGCGCACCACCAGCUGCGACACCAAAUUGCAGGGGGCUGUGUGUGGAGGUAACAGUGGGCCCCCUCCUCCCAGAAGAAUAAGUUACCAUGGCAGCUGUCCCCAGGGCCUGGCCGAUUCAGCAUGGAUUCCCUUCCGGGAGCACUGUUACUCCUUCCACAUGGAGCUGCUACUGGGCCAUAAGGAGGCGCUGCAGCGCUGCCAGAGAGCGGGUGGGGCAGUCCUGUCCAUUCUGGAUGAGAUGGAGAACGUGUUCGUCUGGGAGCACCUGCAGAGCUCUGAGGGCCAGAGUCGGGGUGCCUGGCUGGGCAUGAACUUCAACCCCAAAGGAGGCACCCUGGUCUGGCAGGACAACACAGCUGUGAACUACUCUAACUGGGGGCCCCCUGGCCUGGGCCCCAGCAUGCUGAGCCACAACAGCUGCUACUGGAUCCAGAGCAGCAGCGGGCUGUGGCGCCCCGGCGCCUGCACCAACAUCACCAUGGGCGUUGUCUGCAAGCUCCCUCGAGCUGAGGAGAGCAGCUUCUCCCCAUCAGCAGCGCUCCCAGAGAACCCGGCAGCCCUGGUGGUGGUGCUGAUGGCGGUGCUGCUGCUUCUGGUCCUCCUGACCGCAGCUCUGAUCCUCUACCGGCGGCGACAGAGCGUUGAGCGUGGAGCCUUCGAAGGCGCCCGCUACAGCCGGAGCUCCUCCAGCCCUGGCGAGGCCACUGAGAAGAACAUCCUGGUGUCCGACAUGGAAAUGAAUGAGCAGCAGGAAUAGAGCCAAGGGCGUGGGCAGGGCUGGGGAGGAGGAGCUGGGGAGGCUGGGCCCUGGGUCAGCCGGCCUCCCACCAGCUGCCAGUCCAGAUGGCCUAUGGAGGGGUGCCCUUGGGAGCUACUGUUUGGAGCUGGGGCUGGGCAGGGCCUGGGCUGGUGGGGUCCCUCCCUCCCAUGAGGGCUGGGCUGAGACCUGGCUGAGUGCAGCAUGGUGUGUUUCCCUUUUUGGGGGCCAAGGUCUUGUCACCUGGGCCUGUGCCCCCAUGGUAACCAGAGGCAGGAUGGGAGCCCCCUUCUGCCUCUCUCUCCUCAGGACCCCCUGCCCAGGCCUGCUGACCCAUGCCCCAGGACCCCCUUCUCAUUGCAGAGCCUGAGGAGUCUCCCCUGAGCCCUCAGCCAGCCCCCAUCGCUUCUCUCCUUCCCAGUCGGCAGCCUCAGCUCUGAGCCCCUCACCCUGUCCCCUCUCCGCGCUUCUCACCCAGUUCUUCAUUCAGAGUCAGGGCCCCGGGAUCUGGGGAGCCCUCUUGCUCUUGGGGGGUUAGUUGAGGGGGCUGAGCAUCUAUCACUCCUGUGCCUGCUGGGGUGGCCAUGGGGCGUGGCAGGAGGGGCCUGGGUUGGGCCUGAGAACCAGGGCACCACUGUGGUGUCAGCUGAGCUUCGAGACAGGACUAGGGAGAAACACCCUAACCUCCUGGGGGUGACCAGGCUGGGCUAGGGUGUUUGUCUCCUGUCGGUGGGGGGGCAGGGCUCUGUCCCUAAAGAGUCCCCUGUGGGGACCAAAAUAAGUUCCCUAACAUUUCCAGCUCCUGGCUCUGGUUUGGAGAGAGCAGAGGGGGUUGCCAGAGUCCUGGGGCCUCCAGAGAAGCGGGAGCCUGGGGACAGCCCCAGGUGCCUGCCCUCUAGUGGGGCCCAGAGGAAUGGUGCCCGAGCUCCCGGAGCGGCCCAGUGCAGGGGAGCUGACCCAGUGCCUUUCCGAGAGGCCGGAAUCCCAGCCCAGGUGGAUGAACGGCCAGUCCUGGUGCCAUGGCGCAGGACAAUGUGAACACAGACUCGAAGACAUGGUCCUUUUUUUGUAGUUCUUAAUUUUUUAAAUGUGCCAAUAUUGUUAAAAAACAAGAAAAAAGAAAAGCAAACAAAUAAAACACUUUUAAGAGGCU